AUCAUCAAUGUGGUCUGCGAAACUUUCAACGCAUUUCCUCCCACCACAAUGAUAAUUUCCUAAUCUUUUGAGGAAAUAUUGUGCUACCAUCAAAGCCGCCCUUUACGAAGAUUCUCGGACACUCAAAAUGCCUGCAGACAUCCGGAGCUUCUUUGGGGGUAAAACCAAUACCCCCAUUCGCGAGAAGGAAAGCAAGAAGGAAGAAGAUUCCAAGAAAAAGCGCAGCAAAAGCCGCAAGAUCAUUGAUGACAGUGAUGACGAUGAGCCUGCUCCGCCAUCUAAGAGAGCGACUCCGAAGAGAGCCCCUCCUAAGAAUGCUGUCAAGAAAGAAUCCCCCAAAGGCGAAGAAACAAGCACUGCAGAUUACUUUGCAAUGAGCAGCAAAGCCAAGCCCAAGCCUGCUAAGUCAACACCGACAAAGCCAAAAGCAGUUGAACCUAUCGAGUCCAACGGCCGAUCAUCUGCCCGCAAAAAGACUACAGCUUCAUACAGCCAGCCAAAGGACGAUGACGAUUUUGCUUUCCUAGAUGAUGACGAGGAUGCAGGAGAUGACAUCUUCGCGGCUGAUGUGAAGAAGAAUGGGAAGCACAAAGAUGACGCCUACGUGGAAGUCGAUAGUGAUGAUGAACCCUUACCGAAGCCCAAGAAGACAAGUACCAAAUCCAAGUCGGUCACAAAUAAGAAGAAUGAGGAUGUUGACAUGAAGGAGGUUGGAGAUGAUGACUUUGUAGUACCAGAUGAUAGCGAUGACAUGAUGGACAUUGACAAACCAGUCACCAAGUCUGGGAGCAAGAAGCGGAAGUCCGUGGAUCUGGAAUCUGACGAGGAUAAGGACGACAUCACUCCAGCUGCCAAGUCUUCAAAGAGCAAAUCAGCAAAACAACCUCCUGCCAAGAAACCUCGAGCUCCGAAGAAGAACGAGCCGGAAAGUUCUGCGGUACGGGCAAUUCUUGAUAACAUCCCCACAGUCCGUCCACCUACGCCUCCACCGCAAGAUCCGGAUCACAAGUUCGACUGGAGAAAGGCUGGAGCGGGCGGUGGAAACGCAGGACCACCCCCUGCGGCUGGGUCGAAGGAGAUACCUGUCGGCGAAGAGAACUGCCUUGUCGGUCUUACGUUUGUGUUCACUGGUUUGCUUGAGACACUUUCUAGAGAAGAGGGACAAGAACUUGUAAAACGCUAUGGCGGUAAGGUUACGGGGAGUCCCAGCAGCAAGACUAGUUUUGUAGUCCUCGGGACAGAUGCUGGUCCAAGCAAGCUUCGAAAAAUUUCGGACCUGAAGAUUAAGACCAUUAAUGAGGAUGGCCUCCUUGCACUCAUUCGAACGAUGCCGGCCAACGGUGGAGAUGGCAAGGCUGCAGAGAAGAACUUGGAGAAGAAGAAGGCAGAAUUGGAAAAGAUCAAGAAAGAGGCCGAGGAAAUGGAGAGAGAAGAGAAGAGCAAAGCCUUAGAAGCCAAGAAGGCUGAAAAGGAACGGCGAAGACUCGCCGCCGAGAAAGGCAUUGCUCCCCCUCCCCCUACCAUUCGACAACCUGACCCGUCCUCACAAUUGUGGACAAGUAAAUACGCCCCGACGUCGAUGAAUCAAAUCUGCGGCAAUAAAGGUCAAGUGGAAAAGAUUCAGAACUGGCUGAAAGGUUGGGCUAAGGCACACAAGUAUGGAUUUGCAAUGAAAGGUCCUGAAGGCCUUGGCGGAUAUCGAGCCAUUAUCGUUCAUGGUCCACCCGGCAUUGGAAAGACAACUGCAGCUCAUUUGGCCGCCAAACUCGCCGGUUACGAUGUCUUGGAGAGCAAUGCCAGUGACACUCGAAGCAAGAAAAUGGUUGAAUCUGGCCUCAACGAAGUCCUGAACAACAACUCCUUAUUGGGAUACUUUGCUGGGGAUGGGAAGAAAGUCGACGAGCACAAGAAGAAAAUUGUACUCAUCAUGGAUGAGGUAGACGGCAUGUCUGCAGGAGAUCGAGGUGGAGUUGGCGCCUUGGCUAAAGUGUGCAAGAAGACUGAUAUCCCUUUGAUCUUGAUCUGCAAUGACCGAAAGUUACCAAAGAUGAAGCCUUUCGAUCACGUAACUUUGGAUGUUCCUUUCCGACGUCCAACUGUUGAGCAAGUCCGAUCUCGAAUUGCUACCAUUUGCCACAGAGAAGGCCUCAAGCUUCCGCCCAAUGUCAUCGAUGCUCUUAUUGAAGGUAGCAAUAAAGACAUUCGGCAAAUCAUCAACAUGAUCUCUACAGCCAAGCUCGAUCAAACAGCUAUGGACUUUGAUAAAGGCAAAUCAAUGACCAAAGCCUGGGAGAAACACGUGGUUCUGAAGCCUUGGGAUCUUUGCCAAAAGCUUCUUGGUGGUGGAAUGUUCGCGCCGGCGAGCAAGGCUACUCUCAACGACAAGAUCGAGUUAUAUUUCAAUGAUCAUGAAUUCAGCUACCUGAUGGUUCAAGAAAAUUUUCUGAAGACCAAACCAUCCCUGAUCGGGCAAUUGAACGGAAAGGAAGCAAAUCUUAAAGCUCUGCAGCUUGCAGACCAGGCUGCGGAGAGCAUCAGUGAUGGAGACCUAGUUGACAGGAUGAUCCACGGCUCACAGCAACAAUGGAGUCUUAUGCCAACACAUGCGGUGUUCAGUACUGUCAGACCAGCCAGUUACGUGGCAGGCCUCGUGCAAAGCCAGAUCGCGUUCACGAGCUGGCUUGGCAACAACAGCAAGAUGAACAAGUUGCUUCGAUACGUGAAGGAGAUACAAUCACACAUGCGUCUUCGAUCGUCUGGGGACCGGCACGAAAUCCGUCAGCAAUAUCUGCCCGUCCUUUGGACGCGGAUGAUCAAACGUCUGGAGAUGGAGGGUAAGGAUAGUGUUGAUGAGGUCAUUGACUUGAUGGAUAGCUAUUUCUUGACUAAAGAUGAUUUCGACUACAUGAUGGAACUUGGUCUAGGACCUCAAGAUCAAGAAAAUGUUCGCUUGGAGACUCAGACCAAGUCUGCUUUCACCCGACUCUACAACGCCCGAACCCAUCCUCUGCCAUUCAUGAAAGCAAGCAAUGUUGUGGCACCAGCAAAGAUGACCAAGGAAGUCCCGGAUCUCGAAGAAGCAAUGGAGGAGGAAGAUGAUGAAAUCGCAGUUGAACCAAAGGAGGAAGAUGAUGACGAGACCGACCUGAAGAAAGACAAAUACAUCAAGCAGCCGAAGGUCAAGAAGCAGGCUGCGGAAAGGAAGGCGGCACCGAGGAAGGCCUCCAAGACGAAGGCCAAGAAUGAUGAUGAGGACGAUGAGGAUGAUGGAUCGGAGGAUGUCAAACCAAAGAAGGCUGCUAAGCCUAGAGGAAGACCAGCUGGUGCGAAGGGUAAGGGAAAGAAGUAAAUCGUGGAUUCAGAUCGGUUGUACGAGUAAAUACAGCAUUGUUUAUGAAGCAUAUGGGGAUCAAACUUGCUCUUGGAUGAAUUUGGUUGCUGGGGUAGUAGAGACGUUGAUACACGAUAGCCAUUGAAUGAAACUACAUUUGGACUUAAGGUCUGUGAG